ACACCCACCUUUGACAACACUAAGUAGGCCCAGCGAGAGGCAGAAGCAAAAAUUGUUUAAUUUAAUUUAGAGCAAUUACAAUUAGUUCGUCGUGCCAGAUCUCUAUUCUCGUUGUAAAAGCGCCCCAGAACGAGGCAACUGGUGUAAAGCAGCGCAACGCGUUCCCCGCUCGGUCGCUUAUUCUUGAUUUUCCAAUCGCCGGAAAACGCUGCCGAAAACGAAAACACAGGAACGGAAAAAAUGCCGUGGAAAAUGGGCCAGGGCGCAACGCUGGCGUUGCUAGUGGCCUCCUGUUUGCUUCUGAAUGCUGCCACGGGGGCUCAUGCCGCCGAUCCGACAGCGGAGUCCGACGAUUUCGAGGACGGCUAUGUGGAAGAUGUGCCGGAGGAGGAACCGGCCACCGACAGCACUGAUGAAAACCUGGUCUACGAGAGCCCUGUGAUUGAUCACAACAAGUUCCACUUUGCGGAUCAUUUUGACGAUGUUGAAGCCUCCAGGAAGAACUGGGUCUUGUCGCAGGCCAAAAAAGAUGACAUAGCCGAGGAGAUAUCCAAAUACGAUGGCCUAUGGAACUGGGAGUCGCCGCAGCGCAUCGUUUGGGCGAACGACCUGGGUCUGGUACUCAAGUCGAAGGCCAAACAUGCGGCUAUCGCUUCCCGUCUGCGCGAGCCCUUCGAUUUCAAGCAAGACAAGCCGCUGGUGGUGCAGUACGAGGUCACGUUGCAGGAGGGUCAGGAGUGCGGUGGCUCGUAUCUGAAGCUUCUGUCCGCCGGAAAGGAGACGGACGAACUCACGAACUUCAAUGACAAAACACCCUACACCAUCAUGUUUGGACCGGACAAGUGCGGGAGCGAUGUAAAAAUGCACUUUAUUUUCCGCCAUGUCAAUCCAAUUAAUGGCACCAUCACUGAGAAGCACUGCAACAAGCCGAAGAACCGCCUGGAGGAACCAUUCAAGGACAAGCUGCCGCAUCUGUACCAGCUGGUGGUGCGCCCCGACAACAGCUUCGAGAUUCGUGUGGACCACAAAAUUAUCAACGAAGGCUCACUGCUUACCGAUUUCAAGCCCCCAGUCAACCCUCCGGCUGAGAUCGAUGACCCCAAUGACCACAAACCAGAAUCAUGGGACGAACGCGAGAAGAUCCAAGAUCCAACUGCCCAGAAGCCUGACGAUUGGGACGAGGAUGCUCCACCACAAAUACCCGACCCUAGUGCUGUCAAGCCCCAGAACUGGCUGGAUAAUGAGGCUGAUAUGAUCUUUGAUCCCACGGCCGUCAAACCCGACGACUGGGAUUCCGAAAUCGAUGGCGAUUGGGAGGCUCCGCUGGUGGACAAUCCGGCCUGUGAAAAGGUUGGCUGCGGAAAGUGGAAGGCUCCACUUAUUCCCAACCCCAACUACAAGGGCAAGUGGCGUCCACCAAUGAUCGAGAACCCCAACUACCAGGGCAAGUGGGCACCCCGUAAGAUUCCUAACCCGGACUUCUUUGAGGAUCUGAAACCAUUCCAAAUGACACCCAUUGGCGCUGUGGGCCUGGAACUGUGGUCGAUGUCCAGUGAUAUUCUCUUUGACAAUCUUAUUAUUACGGACGACGUGGAUGUGGCCCGUGAAUUUGCCGCCAACAGCUUCGAUAUCAAGCGUCGCUACAUUGACCGCGAAUCGGAAUCAUUCGUGAAUAAGGUAGUCGAGCUAGCCAAGGCCUACCCCUCGGUCUGGGGCAUUGGCCUGGUGGCCAUUGUGGCCUUGGUGGUCAUCGCCUUCUACUGUAGAUUUGGUUCAUCUAAGAGUAAGGAUGCGGCUGCCAAGCGCUCCGCCGCCGCAGCUAAGAAAUCUGAUGAGCCCCAGCCGGAUGAUGAACCCAAGCCAGAAUCAGAGGAGGAGGAGAGCGAUUUGUCUGGCGAGAGGGCUGCUGGUGAUUCGAGCAAGGAGAGCACUCCACUGUCCGCUAGUCCCAAGAACAAAAAGUCUGAUUUAGAUGUUAACGAGGAGACCAAAGCGGAGGAAACUCCAGAGGAGCCCGCACAGACUGAGGAAACUACCACAAAAGCACGCAAGCGUACUGUUCGCAAGGAUUAAGCGGGCAUCCUUAAGAUCUGAAGAAAUCAUAUUAAAACUUUAAAAACACUAUCCAAUUCCAUUAUGGCAGCGGCUGCUUAGAGAGCAACAACUUACUGACCAACAGCCAGUCAAGAAAAAUUUAUUUUAAAAAUGCUGAAUCUUUGCCACGGCCCCGCAUCAUCUCCCUCACAAACACACACCCCCCAAUCAUACACACGUAUUGUGGAAUACACACACACAUGUACACGAAUCAUAUGUUCGUUGGCUGGCUCCGGAUAUCCAGCUUCCAAUGCAGUCUUUAAUUUAAAUUAGUAGUUUACGUGGAUCGGUUUAGUCAACUUUAUACGUAUGUACUUUGCUGUAUUAUCGUUGCAUUUCUGUUGUGUUCGAGCCCGAUAUUCCCUUAACCCCUAAAAAAAAGAUUCCCAAUCUAGUUUUGCAUUCUUUAGGGCAAUCACCUUCCCUUCUAUUCGAAAACUAUUCAUUUCUGUAACAAAAAAUAACUAAAAACGAACACCAACUAGACAAAUGAGGGAAACAAAUAAGAAAAAGCCAACAAAGAUGAAACUAAAGCAGAGAGAAAAUUAAUGGCAAACAUAGUUUAAUAUUAUGUAAUUUAAACGAAAUUGAAU